GUCAGGAGGGGCAUUUAACUUUGAACCGUUAGCCAUUUCUAUCAAAGGCGCCGGGAGUGGAACCUCAGCAGGUUUGCAACUGGACAGCUGUUUCCACACUUAUCGGCUCACGCGAAUAAAAAUCGACUAUGGUGGAGAUCUUCUAAAGUUAGAUCAAGCCGAUUAGCUGUAACUUAAGGACUAACAUUCAUUUGGUGUUUUGUUUUUGUUUAUAUUUACGUUUAUAUUUUCCGAUAACAUGGGCGGAGAGUGCUUAUGGUAUUCAUGGACGUGCAGACCGGUGUGGCCAGUUCUUAUUAUUCUGGCUACUCUACCGUGUAUUUUGAACUGCUCAGAGAGCCCUGCAGCAGUUGUUGGGAAAAUGUAUCCACGAGGCAAUCACUGGGCAGUAGGUCACUUGAUGGGAAAGAAGAGCAUAGAGGAGGAGCAGGAGGUAAACCCUGACAGGGACUACCUGACAGCCCUAAAAGCAGCCCGGCUCACACAGCAUCUAAUGCAGGCUCUGAUGCAACCAGAGAAUCCAAAUCAGAUGAUGCCUCAAACUGCAGACAGGCUGCUUCAGCGCCACUGGAGAGAAGAGGACAGAGAAAAAUAUCUGGCAGAGAUGUCAGACCUGCUUCUUCUGGCUUUGAAACUGCAAGACAGUGACUCCACCUGAAUGCAAGAUGAAUUUCUGUUUUUUAAAAACAAUCAUCAUUAUCAACUUAAAGUACUCUAUAAUCACAUAUCCACACUGUGUAUUUUAUUCUGCUGUAACAGAUUGUUUGUUUCAUCACUAAUUUUGGUUUCCUGUAUGCAUAUCAUGCAGCGUUUUGAUUGCUGAACGAUCUGACAAGGUUGUGUUACAUAAGCUGAGAAUCUGAAAUAAAAUGGGCAUAACUGCACUGUGGAUGUCAAAGCAUGCUUUACAUGUCAGACGUGUCCUUUACCGUUUUUUCUUUUUUUCUGGAAUUGUUAGUGCUUCUGAGAUUUACUUCACCAGUACAGUAACCAGUUUGUACCACUAGAUGUCGCACAGCGUCAAACUAAGAGUGCUUUCAUUUCGAGCAAAUAAUCAGGUGGAUUGUAAAAUGUUGACAUAAUCACGACUGCAGACAAAAAUGGAUGAUCACACUUUCUCAUUAGAAGGGAAAAACGCACAAGCACAAAAACACAGAGAUACCAGCCGUGUGUGUGUGAGUGUGUUUUGGGUAGUUGGAUUAAUGAUAAUUAUCAUCCCUCAGGAGUUGCAGACAGAAAGAAGUGCUAAUUGCAGCAAUUUGGUUUACACACACACACACACACACAC